GAACCCACGCGAUAUGCAUCGAUAUAUAUUGUUCACCAAAUCGGUUUAUUUAUAGUUUGAAUUCACGGCGACUCAAGUCGGACUGUGUGAUGUGCGUCUUAUCUAACAUUGUAUCGGAUUACAUGCAUUUCGGUAAUCAAUUAUAGCGAACAGUUCAAUGGCAUCCACUCCGCAGCAAAAGUGCAAACCCGGACUGCACUCGAUUGCUUACGUGACCACUCCCAACGAAGAGUCUGCGAUGAAGUUGUCCCGAAUGCUGAUAGAGCGCAAACUGGCCGCUUGCGUCAACAUAGUCCCACGGGUGGUAUCGAUCUACGAGUGGGACGGCAAAAUCAGUGAGCAUCACGAGAUUCUUAUGAUGAUCAAAACUCGCAGCGCUCGGGUGGACGAGCUGUGUCAGUUUGUGCGGAACAAUCAUCCGCACAGUGUGGCGGAGAUCGUGGCCCUGCCGAUCGAGAAUGGCAAUCCGGCUUACUUGACGUGGCUGAGCAAGGCCGUCCCGGAAGGGAAGUAGUGUGACUUGGGUUGUAGAAAAGAAGAUCUUUCGAGGUUCUAUUUCUGUUAAUUGAAAAUAGGAAAAGUUCUAAUAAAUAAAUGGUUGAGGUUCAGCGAAACCGCACCAAGCGCCUUUUUGACUGAUUUGUGAUAUUUUGUUCGUAGAAUAAAAACCAAAAGUAAUUCAUGUCAAUUCAUUCGUACAAUUGUUGUUGGAUAUCCUCAGUUGUAGGGUAGAAGGAUAUCCGAUACGAUUUUUGAUCAAAUGGAUCUACUACACGAAAAUUUGUGCGACAAAAUGAGUAAUUUUUCAUUGGCGCUUGGUGCUAUUUGGAUGAACCCCGACCAAAUGCCAAUUUUAUUUGUCCAAUCAUACAAAACCUUUUUGGGAUGAAGACUCGGAAAAAUACAUAGUUUUGCUAAAUAUGUAGUAAAUGACAAUACAUUUCAGUAAUUUAGGUUAUCUUAUAGCCUAUUCAGAUUACGAUCAUUUACGAAGUACUUGAGAUGAUAAUUGACAAUGAGAAAUGAAAUGAAAAUAAAAUGAGUGAACUUUGACAUUAAGAAACACUUUAUAGCAUCGGUUCUCAACCUGGGGUAAUCGAAAAGUUCGGUGUCAAUUUGUUUAAAAACAGUUUUUUGUUUUUUUCUCGAAAUUGUGUAGAAUAAAUAAAGGCAGUUUAUUAAACAAAUAAUUCAAUUUGAAUCGAACUUCAUUAAUAAAGUUUUAUUAGUUGUGUACUUUUUUUUUACCAUCAAACGAAUUAAUAUUUUAUAUUUAAUUAAUUUUGAUUGAAUUUUACAAGCAAACCACCCAUUCCGUGCCCUGGUGGUCAAUUUUAUGAUCAACGCGGAAUGGUUGCCAACAUUGACGAACCGUCGAAGGGUAAAUUUCGGGUUCUCUUAAUUAAUACCGAAAGGAAAUGAAACCUAGGUAAGAGAUCGGCAAUCACUCGGAUCAUUCGACAAGUGACUACCAAAGAAUAACGUCGUGUGCAUGCAGCUAUUUUUUCUUAAAUAUAUUCACGUGGUGAAGUUGAGGUGCCUUAAAUUGCGUCUUGUUCCAGGGCAGUACUCGUAGAUCGAGAAAACAUUAACGUAGUGCUAGUGUAAAAAGGAUAAGCCUCAAUCGACCGUGUAGUAAAGCACGGAAUAGAAUAAAUAAUAGAGAAAAGGUAAUUAUAAAAAAAGGGUGUACGGUGAGAGAAAAACGGAAAGUGGUGUACUAAUGACCUGAUUAGGUCCAAAUCGGGCCUUUUCUUUUACAACCCUCGUGCGAGGGACAUCUUUUCUCCACAGCGGUCCCUAGAGCCCGAUUCGAGAGUCAAAAGU